AUGACUGAGUUUGAGAAUUGCAACAACAGUGCAACACCCAACAUGUAUCUGCCUGGCUGUGCUGCUGCUGCUGCUGCCUACUAUGUGUCUCCUUCGGAUUUCUCCAGCAAGUCCUCGUUCCUGUCCCAGUCCUCCUCCUGCCCUAUGACUUUCUCCUAUUCCUCCAAUUUAACUCAUCAUGUGCAACCUGUGAGGGAAGUGGCAUUCAGGGAGUAUGGCAGCAAGUGGCAAUACAGGGGCAGCUACCCUUCUUAUUACCCCAGUGAGGAUGUCAUGCACAGGGACCUCAUCCAGCCUGCGAACAGGAGAUCGGAUGUGUUAUUCAAAUCGGACUCGGUGUGCAACCACCAUGGACCCUCCAGUGCCACCUCCAACUUCUACAGCACAGUGGGCAGGAAUGGCAUCCUACCACAGGGUUUUGACCAGUUCUAUGAUACCAGCCAAGCCUCAUCCUACCAGCCGGACAUGGAGGAGCAGCCUGCAAAGUCUGAGCUCAAAGCCUCCAACCCUAAUAGCAAAGUGACCUCUGCACAGGACAAGAAAGUGACAAGCCAAAAUAGCCCCGAAUCCCCUUCUCCUGGGGGGGAGGCUGCAGCAGACAAGAGCAACACUUCAGCUUCCCAGCGACUUAGGAAAAAGAGAUGCCCCUAUAGCAAGUACCAGAUUCGGGAGCUGGAGCGGGAAUUUUUCUUCAAUGUAUACAUCAACAAGGAGAAGAGGUUACAGCUGUCCAGGAUGCUCAACCUUACUGACCGCCAAGUCAAGAUCUGGUUCCAGAACCGAAGGAUGAAAGAAAAGAAACUCAAUAGGGAUCGACUGCAAUAUUUUACUGGGAACCCACUUUUCUGA